CUCCCCACCCCAAAACUAUCCCAACAAACCAGUCACUCCUCUUGCUCCUCCUUUGAUCCCCUCUCAAACUCUAGCAUCAUGGGUGUUAUCAGUUAUGAGCAUGAGAUCAUUUCUUCAAUCCCACCAGCCAAGAUUUUCAAGGCCUUUAUCCUUGACUCUGAUAACCUCAUUCCCAAGGUCCUUCCUCAAGCUAUAAAGUGCGUUGAAAUAAUUGAAGGAGAUGGAGGGCCUGGAUCCAUCAAGAAGAUUACUUUUGGAGAAGGGAGCCAAUUCAAUUAUGUGAAGCACAGGGUUGAUGGAAUAGACAAAGAGAACUUCACAUACAGUUACAGUGUGAUUGAGGGAGAUGCUUUGAUGGGCACCCUUGAAUCAAUUUCUUAUGAGGUCAAGUUGGUGGCUUCUCCCAGUGGAGGAUCCAUCUGCAAGAGCACUAGCAAGUACCAUACCAAAGGUGACUUUGAGAUCACAGAAGACCAAAUUAAGGCUGGCAAAGAGAAGGCUUUGGGCCUGUUCAAGGCUGUUGAAGCCUAUCUCUUGGCAAAUCCAGAUGCCUAUUAAGAAACUUCUUUGUCUCAUAUCAUCAGUUAAAGUUGUGGGUUGGGUUUCAUAUAUAUUUCUCCGACGUCCGGCUUGAAAUAAAAAGAGUUUCCUGUGUGUAAUCCUUGGACUUGUAAUAUUUAACUCCAAAGAAGGGAAGACGUAUGAUUUUAAUAAAUAUAAAAAAAGGAUCAUCUUGUUUUAUUAA